AUGUCCGAGGAACUGAACGACAUGUGCGGAAAGAUAGCAGAGGCACUGGACAAGCUGGGUGUGCCCUUCUCCGCCUUGGAGCACAUCAACGACCUCCUCCCUUGCCGCCUGGGAAAAGACCGCAAGUUCAAGAGCCCAUUCCCAACUGAUAGCUAUGCCCACUCGUACUUUACUGGCGGUGGAGACUCGCUCCCCAUCGAGCGUGUUCCUCUCACGGAUGCGCACUACAGGCAGCACGACACGAGUCUCAAUGGCCAAGUUUGGGGCGUUCUCCCCACGUUUGAUGCUCUCCUCUCGGGCGGCGACUUUAGGGACAGGUUCUACCGCAAUAUCAUUAUCAAGUGUGACAAAGAGAUCGGUGUCGGGCCUAGUGGUGUGUUUGACCGUAUUCUCAUCGCCGAGGUCCUGCCCAAUUGGGAGCGUGGACGCCUUGCCUGCAAUGUCUUCAGCCUGCGCACUAUUGCCAGCCGUCUUGCAGCCGACAACUACGACCUUGUCCCCACCCAGACCCCCGAGGAACCUGAGGAGCAGCGCUCUUGGUCCGCGCCAACCCGCUUCAACCAGCGCUGUACGGCUCGCCGCGCCGAUCCUCUCCAGGAGGUCGUUGCCGGCGUUCAGAAACUCAAGGUGGCUGGAAACGACCUGUACAACCAGCGCAAGUUCGGCGAGGCCAUGGUGCUGUACAAUUAUGCCGCCUUUGAACUGUACCCUUGGGUCUCGUCCCCGCUCCUUUUCACCUCGACUGUUGUCUUCGCGUGCGGACUUGCCCAGCUUGAGGCCAACCUGUGGCACAACAUGGCCGUCAGCGCUCUCAAGUUGGCCGAGCUCCACUCCAGCCACAAGGCCGGUUGGAUCAGUCAAGCUAUCGACUGCGCCGAAGCGGUCACCUACUCCCGGUUCGUCACGCACCGGAUCCUCGCCAAGUCCUUCUACCGCGCCCACGAGGCACGUCACAAGUUGGUUCAAGAGCGCGAGGUCAACCAUGCCAGUUACCCCUGCACCGACGAAGAGGCUGAGAAGGUCUACGCUGCUGGAUUUGCGCAAGGCAUGGUGUCCCAGUUCGUGGCCAUGUCCGACCCUGGCGACGACAGUUGGGCCCACCGCGACUGCAUCAACUGCCAUGACGGCUGCACGUCUCUCGAGAAGACUCAGCACAAGAUCAAUCAGAUGCCUCCUUCAGGCGGCUCGAUUAAGUUUCCCGGCGAUACGUCGAUGCGCUUCACAUUCGACGCGACUGGUUAA